AUGCCAACCAAGAUUGGUAUCAACGGAUUUGGCCGUAUUGGCCGCAUGGUCUUCCAGGCCAUUUGUGAUCAGAACCUCCUUGGCACAGAGCUGGAUGUGGUCGGCGUCGUGGAUAUGUCGACCGAUGCGGAAUACUUUGCGUACCAGAUGAAGUAUGACACUGUGCAUGGGAAGUUCAAGCACGACGUGAAGAUUGGCGAGAAGGAUGAGCUGAUCGUGAACGGCCACAAGAUCAAGUGCAUUCAAGCCAGCCGCGAGGGCCCAAAAGCUUUGCCAUGGAAGGACAUGGGCGUGGAGUAUGUGAUCGAAAGCACAGGUCUCUUCGUCGAGGCGGACAAGGCCAAGGGGCACAUCGAAGCGGGCGCCAAGAAGGUCAUCAUCUCUGCCCCAGGCAAGGGCGAGUUGAAGACCUUGGUGUGCGGCGUGAACCACACCGAGUACAACAAGGCCAGCCACGACGUGGUGUCCAACGCCUCCUGCACCACCAAUUGCCUCGCUCCUGUGGUCCACGUGCUUUUGAAGGAGGGCAUUGGCAUCGAGAAGGGCUUGAUGACCACCAUCCAUUCCUACACUGCCACCCAGAAGACGGUGGAUGGCGUCUCUGCCAAGGACUGGCGCGGUGGCCGUGCGGCCUCCUGCAACAUUAUCCCAUCGGCCACGGGAGCCGCAAAGGCCGUGGGCGAGGUGUUGCCCAGCACCAAGGGCAAGUUGACAGGUAUGGCCUUCCGCGUCCCCACCCCGGAUGUCUCUGUGGUGGACUUGACCUUCACCGCCGAGAAGGACACCUCCAUUGAGGAGAUCGAUGCGCUCAUGAAGAAGGCCAGUGAGACGUACAUGAAGGGUGUCCUCUCCUACACGGACGAGGAGUUGGUAUCCUCGGACUUCAUCCACAACGUGAACAGCUCCAUUUACGAUUCCAAGGCGACUUUGCAGAACAACUUGAAGGGUGAGAAGCGCUUCUUCAAGAUCGUGUCUUGGUACGACAACGAAUGGGGGUACUCCAACCGAGUGGUGGAAUCCGACUUCGGCCGCAGCCUGGCACAGGCGGAGACCACCGAAGCGACCAAGGCGGAGGAAUACGACUCCAUGACCAAGCAGAACAAGCUCACGAAGGUGCAGAAGGAUGCGGAUCAGAAGUUCAAGUCGAAGACAGCUCAGAGCCUGGACAAAGCGGUCGUCGACCUCACGUCUGACAAAGAUGCCAACAAGGAGGAGUUGGCAGCUGUGGAGAGUUACAAGGAGAGUCUGCAGAAGCAGUGUGCAGACGGGGGCAUGUCCUACGCCGAGCGUGCUGCCAAGCGCGAGGAAGAGAUCCAGGGCCUGAAGGACGCGCUGGCCUCGCUGGGUGGUAUUGAUCUGAAUGCCGUGCUUCUCCAAAGCACCGCCCUGCGUGGUGCGGUGAAGCCUCAUCGCUUCUGA